UCCCCAAGGAGGCACUGAGCCAGACAGAACCCACGCCGUCCGAGAAGCGCCAUUCCUCCCUCCCAGCCCGGCCUACCUUGUCUCUACUCCUAGCUUGUUCUUCGCAAGGACCACGCAGUCCAGAGAGGGAUGAAGGGAGCUGAGGCGGCGGCGGCGGCGAAGGCGGAGCUGGAGGACGUGGGGAAGGCGGCGGUCCGGGCGGCGGCGCCCCCGCUGAGCCCGCUGAGCGAGACGCUGUGGCGGGACAAGGCGGGGCUCGUCUUGCUCGGGGACGUGUCGGCGCGGCUAGCGUGGCGGGACCUCACGGUGACCGUGCCGGCGGCGGGCGGCGGCGGGACGCAGGCGGUGCUGGAGGCGCUGACGGGGUACGCGGAGCCGGGCACCAUGACGGCGCUCAUGGGGCCCUCCGGCUCCGGCAAGUCCACUCUCCUCGACGCGCUCGCCGGCCGCCUCGCCGCCAACGCGUUUCUAUCUGGCACCGUCCUCCUCAACGGGCGCAAGGCCAACCUCUCCUUCGGCGCCGCGGCAUAUGUGACGCAAGAUGACAAUCUGAUGGGCACACUGACGGUGAGGGAGACGAUCUCAUACUCGGCGAGCCUUCGGCUCCCUGACAAGAUGCCCAUGGAAGAGAAGCGUGACCUGGUGGAGGGCACAAUCGUGGAGAUGGGGCUCCAGGACUGCGCCGACACGGUCAUCGGCAAUUGGCACCUCAGGGGGGUCAGCGGCGGUGAGAAGAGAAGGGUCAGCAUCGCCCUGGAGAUCCUCAUGAGGCCUAGGCUGCUCUUCCUGGAUGAGCCCACCAGUGGUCUUGACAGCGCUUCAGCGUUCUUCGUGACGCAGACGCUCCGCGGGCUGGCGAGGGAUGGGCGGACAGUGAUCGCGUCGAUCCAUCAGCCGAGCAGCGAGGUCUUCCAGCUCUUCGAUCGCCUGUAUCUUCUUUCAGGGGGCAAAACAGUCUACUUUGGGCAGGCGUCUGAGGCUUGUGAGUUCUUUGCCCAAGCUGGCUUCCCAUGCCCAGCACUACGCAACCCGUCGGAUCAUUUCCUCCGCUGCAUAAACGCAGACUUCGACAAGGUGAAGGCCACCCUGAAAGGAUCAAUGAAGAUGAGAUUUGAGAGGUCCGACGAUCCGCUAGAGCGCAUCACGACCUGCGAGGCAAUCAGAAAGUUAUUCAGCCACUACCAGCACUCGCAGGACUACCUCGCCACCCGGCAGAAAGUGGACGAGAUGGCACGGGUCAAAGGAACGGUCCUGGACGCAGGGGGCAGCCAGGCCAGCUUCGGGAUGCAAGCCUGCACGCUGACGAAGCGGUCCUUCGUGAACAUGACGAGGGACUUCGGGUACUACUGGCUGCGGCUGGUGAUCUACGUGGUGGUCACCGUGUGCAUCGGCUCCAUCUACCUCAACGUGGGCACCAAGUACAGCUCCAUCCUGGCGCGGGGCGCGUGCGCGUCCUUCAUCUUCGGCUUCGUCACCUUCAUGUCCAUCGGGGGCUUCCCCUCCUUCGUGGAGGACAUGAAGGUGUUCCAGCGGGAGCGGCUCAACGGCCACUACGGCGUGGCCGCGUUCGUGCUCGGCAACACGGCGUCCGCGGCGCCGUUCCUGCUGCUCAUCACCGUCUGCUCCGGGACGCUAUGCUACUUCAUGGUGGGGCUACACCCGGGGCUCAGCCAUUAUGUUUUCUUCCUGCUCUGCCUCUAUGCCAGCGUCACCGUCGUCGAGAGCCUCAUGAUGGCCAUCGCCAGCGUCGUCCCGAAUUUUCUCAUGGGCAUCAUCACCGGCGCCGGAAUUCAAGGGGUGUUCAUGCUCGUCUCGGGGUAUUUCCGCCUCCCCCACGACAUCCCCAAGCCCUUCUGGCGUUACCCCAUGUCAUACAUCAGCUUCCACUACUGGGCCCUGCAGGGGCAGUACCAGAACGAUUUGGUGGGGCUCAUGUUCGACAACCAGAGCGAGUUGCUGCCCAAGAUCCCGGGGGAGUACGUGCUGGAGAACGUGUUCCAGAUCGACGUGGGGAGGUCAAAGUGGCUGGACUUGUCCGUGCUUUUCGCCAUGAUCGUCGUCUACCGCCUGCUCUUCUUCGCCAUGAUCAAGGUCAGCGAGGACGUGACGCCGUGGCUGCGCCGGUACAUCGCCAGGAGGAGGGUGCAGCGCAGGCGAGGCCGGGCCCGGGACGCGGCGGCGGAGCUCCAAGUUGGCCGCUCGCCGUCGCUGCGCGGGUACGUCGUCGACGACGACCUGCCGGCCGAUCAUCCGUGACAGUAUGAGCUCAAGAAGAAAGGUUAAUUGGUUGGACAGACGAAAUUAACGCUAAAAUAACUGGACGAUAAAACAGUCUGAUAUGAAUGAUGUACUCGUAUGUGUGUUAGCUAGGGCAUCUCCGAUUUGUUCUCUCCUUUCAAUAUGUUUUCUUUCUUAUUUUUUUUUCCUUGAUGUCAUCUUGGUAUCUGUGUAGUACCUAUUACUUUUUCAAGUAACCACGAAAUUUUAGGAUGCAACUCCAGGAUGUGGUGCGGAACUGCUGCCCCUCAUUGAGGGUGGCAGGCGUGCCGAUCUUUCAUUGGCGCGAACAGUCCAACAUCUAUUUCAAGUUUUAAUCGGCGUUGUGAUUUCAAUUA